UUUUUAAUUUUUAAUUGUGAUUUUAAAACGUUACCGAUAAAAUACUUUUCCACUUUUUUAUAAUUUAAUUUCAGUGUGUGUUUUCACGCAAGUUUUACUUUUUUUCCGAAACUUACGAAAGCCUAACAUAAAAGCCUACAGUCAAAACGCUUCAGCCUAAAAGAGUUUGUAUUAGAGAAAUCUGGUCAAUUUACGUCACGUCUCAGUUUGUACCAGACAUAUUGUCCAAUUUGUCAGUUGAGAAUAUUUUUGACCAUACAAAAUAAAUAUUUCCGAAAUGAACCAAAAUUGUAAGAAUUUCUGUAAAAACUUGUUUUCACUUUUGAAGUACUUUUGCAGUAGAGUAUGCAGCUUUUUUCUAAAUUUUACAGUUUUUACAAACCUCAUUUAGGUUCAUCCAAAAUUAUUUAUUAUUAAAUAUUACAUUUUGCACACAUUUGAAAUAUUCUUUCUGUAAAACUUUCACAGAAAAGUACAACUCUAAAACAAUUUCCCCGUGGCGAUCAUUUUCCAAGUGUUUAAUCUCAAAAUUUAGAUAUAAAGGCCACCGUACCAAAUAUUUCAAAUGGAAAAUCUGUGCUCAAAUUUUUGAUUCGAAAAUGUUAGCUUCCCAACUUACAUUAUAAUAAUCUAGGGUUGCUCCAUGGCAAUUUUCAUUCACCACUAGCAUGAAUUAAACGAUUUCAAAAUAAUAAAAAUAAACUGAGAUCACCACAGUUGUUGUGAUCUUCUGCAGGUUACCACAAUUUUUUUUUAAAUUUUUUUUUUAACUCUCGAAAUCUCAAUACGAAAAAAAUAAAAAAGUACCAUUUUCUUGUGAUGAAGCUCAAUGAUUAUUGUCCGCAAACCCUCUGUCAUUUCAUAGUGAAUCCAUUUGCGGGGGACUUCUGAAACAUUAGAAUUUUAAAAACGUAGUUUUUUUUUCGAAAACUAAGAAAUUUAGAAUCGCACCCCAUUAGUUUUUUUAAAAUUUACCUAGAAUCAUUCUAAAAAACAAAUAAAAAAAAUCAAUGAAGUGUUAUAGAAAAUUCGAUUAAACAAACAUUUCAAAUGAGCAUGUCAUUUUUGCAAACAUUUCAGAACAUCAGAAACAUUUUUUUGUUACUUGAAAUUUCUUUCUAAAUACUGAAAAGUUGAGAAAAUAUUUCGAUUCUUUUGAAAAAAGUGUUAUAGUUCUAAAGCCAAAGUGCUUUAAAAGUAAUACACAAAAAUCAGAAUAACAACUGAAAGAAAAAUUGAGUAAAAAGUGAAAAGUGGGCAUUUGAAACAAUGCUAUUUCUAAAUUGUUGCUAUAAUUACAUAAAAGUUUUGAAAAAAUAAAUCUUUUUGUAACUAACUAGAAUCAUUGAAAAAAACAAAUGUUUCUAAAACUAACUCAAAAUUAAAAAAUAUCAAUGUAUCUCUUUUUUGUUGAUGCAAUUCAAUGACCAUAAAUCUAUGAGUCCAUGAGUCCCUGGAGCUCCAAUUUUGUAUAAAACUGAAAAAGUAGUAUGUUAUUGAUAAUUCGAUAAAACAAACAUUUAAAAUAAGCACGACAUUUCUGCUAAAAUUUCAGAUCAUCAGAAUCAUUCUUCUUACUCCUUGAAAUUUAUUUUCAAGUUCUGAUUAGUUACGGAAAUAGUCCGAUUCUUUUGAAAAAAUAUUAUAUUUUUUUAAACCAAAAUGUUUUGAAAAUAAUACACAAUAAAGAAAAAUGCGUAUAGUGAACGAUCGAUAUUCAAUGCCCUCCUUGCUGUUAACAACUGUGUGUUGGCAAAUUAGACUUUGCGCGCAGCCGCCAUUGAGCAAGAUCAUUAUCUUCACUUUUGAUCUACCAAUGAACAUUCCUAGAAUUAAAAGAACUGCUGAGGGAAUUAUCAAAAUUUUGAAUUAUUAAAUAGAUUAACAUAAUAAAGUGCUAUUGAAAUUAUUUAAAAUGUUCUAAUUUCUUCCACGCAAUUUGACUCUUCUGCUAAUCUGUUGCAAAUUUCUAGUUCUUUCCAAAAAUAGUAGCAAAAUCUCAGUAGUUUCCAGAAAUUUAAAAUUAUAACAGAGACAAGUACUUAUGUAUUAUGUAUUAAAUUUUAAUAUAUCAUCAAAAAUAUUCAAAAACUGUACUAUUUACAGCUCUCCACCGAUAUUGCGAAAAAUGUGCAAUUCUAAUAUUGAGUGGAGCCAGAAAGUGGUCAUGCAAUUCAAUGCCAGAACUAGUAAUGGUACCUCGUCAGCAACAUCAUUUUUUUGGAAACCUAUGUUCAAUCAAAUGCACAAGUUGGUGAUUGCAGAGAUGGGAAUUAAAAUUUUCAUAAUGAAUUUGAUUUAAAA